GUCAAGCGCCCACGGCUAACGGCACUAAAAUCGGAGCCGUCUUUCGGGCCGUUGACAACGCUGGAUCGAUUCAAAUAUGGCUGUUGCGGCUCUCCGCUUCUGCUCGUGAUUCCUGCCAAUGUCCUUCCCCGCUUGUGUUGUUCCGUGUGUUGUGUCAAAAGUGUCGUGUUGCUUCGCCUAAGUGUUUUUUAUAGAAGUAACCGAAAUCAGCGCGUAGGUUUUUAGGCUUUUUAAACUUUAGUAUGGCUGGAAACAGAGACUACUGCGAUAUGGAGGCCCUGAAGAGGGUGCUGAACGGAUCGUGGGAUGGAAACGCCGUGCAGUUUUUACAGAAGUACGAAAUUGAACGAACGGCCAUGUCAAACCCACUGAUACGAAGGCUGGAGAUUUCAGACAAGUCCGUCAUUCUAGUGCAACGCUAUCAGUCGCGGAAGAUGUCCCGGUCCAAGUCAACCUCCUCAUCCUUGUUCAUCGAUGAUACAUCAGAUUCAGAGUGUGAACUGGAACUCACCGGAUGUCCUUUAGAGUGGCCAAUGGAACCGAAGAGCUUUUCGCUUCUUGAAUCUCCGUCGUAUGAAGAUUCAAGCAAGAAUUCAGGAUCCCCCUGCAAAAACAAGUUGAGGGCUCUACCCGCGGAUGAAGGAAGGACGCUCCUGAAUGCGGUAGUGAACAUGCUGAGCAGCUGCGGCUACAAGACGGAGAUGGACCCCGUGUGGGUGGCCUGCGAUGGCACUGACCCCCAGUACACAGCCUUUUUGGGAUACCACCGUGGAGGGGGCUACUGUUCCCGGGUGAUCGUCUCCUGCCGGGGUCCAAUUGAAAGCAAGGAAGACCUGCCAACCUUUGGCUGCAUCCAGAGGAAGCACUUCUGGGGAUUGUCCCAGUCGCACACUCACACGACGAUGCAGGUGAAUGCGAAGUACGAUGUCCUGCACCACUAUGACCCCUCGCAGCAAGGCAGCCGUGAGGACGUCAUGGUCCUUGAAUGCUCCUGGAACAAGGCUGCUGUGUUGCAGCAACCGCCAUGCGCCGAUGCGCUCUGCCAUCUCAACGUCCAGAUCUUACCUGGAAAUGAGCGCAGUCCUGCAAGAUCUGUGUACAAGGAAAUGAAAUUUGUCAAGCAACUUGUCGAGUGCCUGACCACGGGAGCAGUUGCGUGGGCACCGGAUCUCAAUGGGCCAACUCUCAUUGACAAGGUGAAAACGCUGCUGCAAGGAUCCCGUAAGGGCAGUUAUCGAGGAAAAUCAGGGACGCCCUUUCCAGAUGUCGGCUGGAACUCAUCGGACUUUGACCUCUACAUUGAGACAGUGGUAAUGAGCAAGCGGCAGUCCGUGGAUUUCACUGACGAGAUGUGGAACGCUAUGUCAGGCUGUGGGACGUACCAGGAGCUCAAGGAAGGGUUCUGCAUGAUAUUUCACGCUGUGCAAGCUGGGGAUAUUAGACCAUUGAUUGUUCCCAAGAACGGAACCACGGUGGGUGCCUACCUGCGAAACAUGAGCCCUCACUUCCGGCCGGAGGGUACCAUGGGGGGGCUGAUGCCGGUGCGCAUGCUGGCUGAGAUCGGGCUCCAGAAACUGCAGCGAGACUUUGUCAAUAUCUUUGUCGGUCUGGAGCUGGCCAGCCAGGAGCAGCUGGUGCCCUUCCUUGUGUGCCCGACCAAAUCGGAUGAGGCCCUCGGCGAGCUGUGGAAGCUGCAGGCGGUCCUGGACAUGAUAAUGCUGUGCAAGACCUACCUGCACCUCCCCAUUCACUACCUUAGCGGGUACACCAGGGAAGCCCUGAAGUACUUCAGCAACUGUGAACGCGGAAAGUACAUCCACAAGUUCAGGUUUCCGCUGAAAGUUCCCCUUGUUCGUGUGGUGCUGGACAAUGUCUCCCCGAUGGAGUGGACUGCAUCCAUCAAGAGCCGACAGGGGAACUACGCUGCCCACACCAUUGCCCACAUCAGCACCACUCCCCCUUUCGAUCACCUGCUCACCGAAAAGCAGUGCAACGUGCCCCACCACCUGCGGGACUCGGACUACUACUGCACCAUCAUUUCCAACACGCAAGACAAACUGAGAUUGUGAGACAACUGUCGUUCGGAUCAUGCCCAUGAUCCGAACAAGUAUGACGACGACAGCGACUGUGAAAAAGUCUACUGUGACGAAGGCAUCAGUGCCAUGGCAGCCGCGCAGCUGCUUCUCUGGAAGCUCCUCAAGCUCAUCAUCGAGCAUUCCAGGAACUUGACACAGUUUUGGUAAAAGCCUUGCCACGGCCGAUGGUCGCAACAGCCGGUGCUCGCAUGGCGGUGAACGUAAGAUGGGACAGUGCAUUCAUUUGCCUCGCACACUUAAGGCUCACUUUGACUGCAAGGUACCUGCGACCUUUUCGAUUACUUUGAUAUUUCUUCGGAUGUGGGGCAUAUCUGUGCCACUGACUGUGGAGAAAGUGUGCUGUGGUGUAGUUUUGAGACUGUGUCCUAAUUGCUAAUCCAGAUUUCUUGCAAUGAACUGUCCCCGGUCAAUGGCAGAGUAGCCAAGUUUUAGGUCGGCAGUGCACACCCAAUUUGUUUUAUGACUUGGAAGGUGUGCAACAGUGACACACUAGAAUAUACAUUUCACACUUUAUUUGAAGGAUUAUCCAGGUAGGCAAAUCAAUAAUAUGGAGUUGCAUUCUUGCAAAUUAGGAAAGGGGUCACUUGUAUAAUUUUAUUCAAAAAGUCAUUCCAAUCAUUUGCUUUAGUUCCAAGAUGCCAUGUUUAUGUGUGCAGCCCUUAAGUUGCCUAAUUCAUGACAGGUAUGUCAAUAAAACUGCCUGUAUAGUUGUCGGCAUGGUUGAAGCUGAUAACAAACUUUCCUCCCAAACGGGCUGCCAAAACCACUUCAGCAUACGUUGAAUGAAACCCUGCAUACAUCAUGCCAGCCAUGAGCGCGAAGUGUACAGAUUAUUUACCAUUACAUUUGAAAGUGUGCUUGCUUCGUUGUGAAGAGAUGAUGAUAGUAUAUUGUAGUGGACUGUGAAAGCUGCGAGGAGGUUGUUCGCGUCAACGAAUUUUAAGUCCCGUGUACAGCGCACCAUAAGCCUGACAAAGAUUCAUCGUGCAGCACCGACAUUUUCGGUUUGCUACGAGAUUAUGUACAGCAUCGUGAGAACAUUGCAAUACUGUUGUUCACGGUACCAUGUCAACAUGUGCCCGAGACUCUGCAUGCUUCUUGAGCAUGCUGUGGCAGUUGAAAGCACUGUUAAACGUUUGCUGGCCAUAUAUGGCCUAAAGUUGCUCACUUGAAACUUGCCACUAUAACUUUAGUCCAUCUGUGCUACGUCACACAACUAGCUGCUUGUCCAAGACAAACUCGUUGAGUACUGUUCCUGGGAUGCAGAGAAGAGCCGUUGCGGGACACCGCGGAAGACUAAGGGAGAAACGGAGUCCGUGCAAGUGAAAUGGACUAAUGGCAGCCAGCGUGGAGAGGUAUCCGUGUCACUACCGUCAAAGGUGUCAGUCUUUGCUUCAGAGCGAUGUAGGGCCUUGCGAAUUCUGUAUGUACAAUAUUUAAACACCAUGUAAAUACUCUGUAAAUAGGACUCACGCACCAGUAUCGUGCAGUUUUGUGAGUGUUUAGCCUGCGUCUCCCCAUUUGCGGCUGCAACACUUUUUCUUCUUUCAUUGUGUAUGUUGUGCUGUUCCCGGCAUGAAACUCAGCCCGAAAAGUGAGACGUUGUUGCAGGUAGGUGUCACGGUACUGCUGGAGUGACUUUCUGACAUUUCAUGACAGUGUAAGCCAUUCCGACACAAAUUACAGCUAGCUUCACACUAUAGCUUUAUUUUCGGCAUGUGGCUUUCAUAUCGGCACAUGGCCCUCGCCGGGCUUGGGCACAGCUAGCAAACAAGUGUGGCACAUAUAUCUUGUAGUGGCAGUCAUGUUUGCAAAGUAUCGAGCAGCUGCGCAGCGCAAAAAGAGCUGAAAGUUUACACAUAAACUUGCACGCCCUUCCUCUUGAGGGAGUCCUGCUUCCAUCCAGAGUCAAGGUCACACGGACAAAUGCCGCUAUGUAAAACGCACUGCCUGCAAUGCCUUCCUUUGAAAAUGUGAAGCAUUUUUCUGUUACUUUGUGUGAUAGCUUGUAUGUGUCGUGAGCUUGAGGUAAUGUAGUGAUGAUAUGGCAUUCGAGCAUUGACUGAGGCCACAAAUACAUAAUUAUCUUUCAGGAGUAUCUCUCGGCUAUUUAUAUGUGCAUUUCGCUGCUUAAGGUGAUUUUAGCAUAAGUGAGAAAUUAUCUUGUGUUAUAAUAAUAAGCGUUAUUCGUUGUACAUAGGUGCGGGAAGUCGCUCCAGCACACUGUACAUCACUGCUACACAGGCCACAGCACACCGCAACAGCCAUGUUAUUGUAUUUGUGUCGUGACAUUAAUCCAUGUACAUAAAGGUGCCCUUGCUUUUUGUGAAAGUGAUCCUAAGCAUAUUUUAACGUACCAUAUUUGAAAAGCAUAAUGUCGGCUUUCUUUGUGUGUAUUUAAAUUGAGAGAGCACCUCCAGCUGUAUCUGGAAUGCUAAUCCUAAUAUAAUGCAGUAUUAGAAUUGUUCAUUUUUUUCUUUUCGGGUUCCUACUUUGUGUUUCAAAGUGUGGCAAGCUCAACUGUCAAACAACCAAGCAUUGCAGGUAAGGCAGCUUCUCGAUAGGCUGUUCUAGUGUUUUUUAAUGUUGCCAUCCCAGCCACAUGCCACCUUUGCACAUGCAAAACAAUCUUUGCGGUUCAGUUUUGCAGUGCAAGAAUAAUAAUUGUCAUCAAUCUUGUGCGAAUUUCUAUCAUUAAGCUGCGCACCCACUACUGUCCUUCCUGAAAUUCUAUGGAACGCUUGGAUGUUUUUUGGGGCAUUCCUGACAGAAAGGUGCUGCAAUCACACAGUGUUAAAGAAGAAAAGUGCACGAUCUUGUCUCAAAAUUACACCCUGAAUGGUGUAAUUGUUAAAGGUGUAAAAUAGCAUUUUAGUGAAAUGUCAGGACGUGUACACCCUAAAAGGUGUGUUUUCGUCAUAUGAGAGUGCAUAAGGAGUGUACAAUUUUUAAAAGUCUGCUAGCUUAAUUAGCAACACCCAUUAGAAGUGGAUUAGCACAUGCAAUGUUGAGUCUCCUGGGCCGAUCUUGCCAAGCUAAAACUCUGAUAACACCCUGUGGAAAAUACAGACGGGCCUGCAUGAGUAGUAGCAGUAUUGGUCUGCAAGUAGAUAGUGAAAAAUUAAAGCAAUCAUAGCCAAGGAAGAAAUAAGCAGACAGAAAUGGGCAUUUCAAGUGUUUUGUCUGUUUUUGUCUUUCUGUCUUGUUUUUUUUGCCAGUGGUCUCGCAUGUUGUGUGUCUCCGUUGCCAGGCAUGUUUUUAUAGUAGACUUGUUCUCAAUGAAUCAACAGAAAUAGGGCGGCGUUAAUUUUUUUGUUGGCUCGGUCCAUUGCUAUACAGUCGAACCCACUUAUACCAGUUUUAACAGUAUGUCAGUAAUAACAAUGAGCAGCCGAUGCACCACCAACUUUUGUGUGUGUUUCUGUGGUAAAACAAACCGCUUACUACAAUUCUGUCAGUGCACAGGAGCAAGCACCCUACCAACUACAACCAAAACUUGGUGAAAGUCAGUGCCACCACCAUAACGAUCAUCAUGAGACGGUGUACAUAGUGUCGUCCACUUUACUACCGGUACCUGUCAAGAUAGAUGAUGUCGAAAUGAAAGUCUUGGUAGACAGCAGAGCUUCAGUAUCAGUUAUGAACAAGAAUCGAUUGGACAUCACUCGUUUUCACACUGGCAAAGCUCGUUGCGUACAAGGAUACGUUCAAUUAGCCAAUAACGCAGCAUGGGAACAUUGUAAUAAGUGGUUUAUUUUGCCAUAGAACGCACACAGAAGUUCACAGUGCAGUAGCUGCUCAUUGCUACAUCCGAGUAUCGUCAAAACAAGUAAGGCUAUAAGUGGAUUUGACUGUGCUUCUUUCUGUCUUCUUAAAAUGUUUCGAUGCUUGUCCCCUCGUGUAACCCGGUUAUAACAAUUAUUGGUUAUAACAAUGGGACUUUCUUGCAAUUUGAAUAUUGGUUGAAGUGGGUUCAAAAGUACUGCUCACAUGCGCACCCUUAACUGUGCACGGCCAGCAUGUUGUGUUCAAGAAUGUGGCAAAUUGCACCUUACACUACUCCAGACUGUUACGAUAAACCUAAUUCUAUUGACUGUUAUGCUGACCCCAUUGCUACUGUUGGAAUGUGUGAUGUUUAUAUAAUUGUAAUAUACUACAUUUCCCCCCUUGUAAGAUAUGUAUCACUGCGUUAUAUGUGGGGUUACAUUAUGGUUGUUCAAAUACGGUAUUUUCUUGCUCUAAUAACUGCUUGCGUGCAGUGUCUGGUGCAUGUGAUGCAGUGAUUUCUAAUACAUCUACUAUGUGCAUUUGAAAAGUGUAGACGUGGAUCUCUCGUAGCAAGGUCACCCCUGAGCACACUCGCUCUUCGGAGCGUCCCAUCGGAUUGUUCACAUUCAUGUCACACUGUGGGAUGCUUUCUGUAAACGAAGCUCAAAGGAACAGAUUGGUGGGCCAGUUAAUACAGCAUAACUUGAUGAUGUAUAGAGCAACGGGGCAUGUAGGACGACCGAAGAGACAGGCUGUGUCUGUCCUGUGUGUCCUUUUGAAAUAGAUACCUCAAAUUAUGCUUUCUGGGGUGUGUCGGGACCUUUAUCCUUCUUGGCAUUUUAUCGCAGCUGUUUUACGAGCUUUGUCUUUUCACAACUUCUUUAGUAGUCUUGUUUUUAUGCUUUUAUCACAUGUUGUGUACAAGUGAAGCACAAACAAGUUAUGGCUUUACAUUAUUUGAUUUCGGCUUCCUCCACUUCGUCCAAUGUCGGCAUCAUUAUUGUAUUGUGUGCUUAGUUUGGGGCCUAAGCCACCUUUGCCAACUGGAUACAUAAGUGGUAUGAAAUUGCAAUCGUGAGUUAAUAUACUUGUAAGUACUAAGGGGUGGAGUUAGUACUCGUAAGAGGUCGUACUUUCCCGUUUGCGUUUCAUUUGUCUGUGAAACUACCUAGGCGUAGCAGUCCUGGCUAAUGCUGGAAGAACACUUUUUACUUGCAACAUGUCUCAUGCUGUCCUUUUAUUGAGCCGCAUUUUGUUGUAUAAAACUGCCUCGUUCCCCUCAUAAUUUUUUUUUCUUUUGCAGACUGUCAUGAAAGUGUAUGAUGGGUGUGCGUGGUCAUAUUUUGUGAACUUCGGUUUGUCAGCAUUUUGCCACAAGUGGGCUGUACAGUGCUGCAUCUGAUUUAAUGUUGUGGCUUUUCUCGGUGUAAUUUCUUUAGCAUACUGUUUCUGGAUGUACUACUGCGUCUCGAAACACCGAAACAACCUUUUUCAUUAGAGUACAGCUUGUUCAUGGCACUGUGGACGAUGCUCGCUGCCAGUAUCUUUUUUUCUUUUCUUUUCUUAUGUUAGAAAGGCUCAAUAAGAACUGAACAAGCUGCAAGCUUUGUGAAGUGGAAGCCGUCAGAAGAACAUGCCUUAAGUCCACUACUAUCUCCUUAUCAUGUUCAGUGAAAUGUUAAGCUUUUUUUCUAGGUCACAUUGCAUUAGGUAAACAAAGUUUUCAGACAUUGCUGAAUGAUUUCUAAUGUUCUAUAUGCACUUCUUAUCAUUACCUGCACAUUUUUUUUUUCCAUAUCACAUCGUAGUUACAUAGGUGUAUAGUAUUGAAAAGCUCAUUUAAUAGCUCCGAGUAAUUCGGAAUAUUGAUAUCAGAUUAGCCAUUUAUUUAGAUUUUUCUGUUUAUCAUUCUUAAAGAAAUAGAACUUGUGCCUAGUUUAGGCUGUGUGGCUGGAGAUUGGUGACAUUUGUUCUUGCCAAGGUUAAUUCGGCGAAUGUGAUGAGAAAUGUUUGCUAUCUUGCAAACACAUUGAAUUACCAAACCAGCAGUGACAGCCGUCAUAUUUCGUGGUAUUCUGAACAAAACAUGUGUUUUUGCAGUAGCCAUGUUUUUGUCCUAAGUACAUGACUAUGCUGUGACCUGCAUCGUUGCUUCAAAAGCUUCAAAUGAUUAUUCUGAUCUUUCUGCUGGACUAUCAAUGCUCAGACAUCACACGAAGGUGCAACUUUGCAGUCUACUGUGUGUGUGCUUCGUGGCGUAGUGGGCUAACGCCGCGCGCUCAGAAGCGAGGGGUCCCUGGUUCGAUUCCGCAGUCUACUGUGUGUAAGAAUGUUCGCGACAUCAAUGCUUUGUUUGUUAGUUGGGUAAUGCAGACAAGUCAUUCAUAUGCAAGAAAUCAGUUCUCAGACAGUGCCUUCAGUCAAGUGAGUAGACUGUUGUCAUCUGCUGUGAAGAAGAAAAAAUGAACAACACGUUAUCAGUAGGAGAUGCCUGGCACAGUGGGAUGAUCGCAUCAGUCCAUUCAACUAGCUCAUUUCGCUUUCCCGAGCACCUGUUCAUCAGAUACUGCUAUUUCUUAUUUCUUCUGCAAAAACCUAGGUGGCUGUGCCAACUGUUCUGUUGUUAUGUUGACAAUAGAUGUUGCAAAAUGCAAUUUCUAUGCAAGAUUUGAAGGCUGCCAAGUGAAUCAGUAGACUCGAGAGAGUUUUUCUUUCCUUUUAGAAUUGUAGAAGCAAAUAUGCAGGUCAUCGUAUUACUGCUGUAACUUCGUGUGCCAUCCAUUAACUCUUAUACACAUGGUAUAGAUGCGUCCAUUCAGUACAGGUGCUGUCAAAUGCACAUGAUUUUGUAAGCAGAGGCUACAGUCGUGUUUCCAGUAGCGUACUAGACGAGUAGGCAUCGUAAAGGAGGCUCACUUCUAACGAAGAGCAGGAACCCUCUUGUAGCUUGUUGCUUAGAGCCACACUUGGUACUGAACCAUGUAUUUCUGCAUUGCUAGAGGAUGAUUGUGCCGUUUACUUGACCAUGCUGGAGGGUCGUUCAUGAAGUUUGCGCUACUGCCCUUAAAGAACACAGAAUAAGUAGCGAAGGUUAGGUGGAAGAUUGCUCUCACUUUUGCUGCAAAAGCUACUUAUUCUUUCAUGAGUGGAGGAGUGAGACUAUCCAUACAGACCACCUUGUUUCGUUGAGUGUCCAGAAGUUAUCUUAUGGUGAAACUUAUGAUUUGGAUACAACGAAGUAACGGACGAAACAAAGUAAUCGUGCCUCCCCCUUCAAUAUUGUUAUAAUUAAAUUUUACUGUAUGGUAUUUGCAUGAGUGUUAUCAGUUUAAGUAGUUCCCAGUGUAACGAAAAAAAAUUCCACUAGAAGUUAUUGAUGAUAAUGGUCAAAACCAGCGUUAGCUUCUUUCAAAUUCACUGAAAUUCCAUUGAGUGGCAUUUUACUUAAACUGUCUCAAGUAUGAAAGCAAGGGCACGACACAUCCGGGAGGGGAAUGGUGUGGUUUGCAGUUACUCACCACAUGACCAUGAAUCCAGGAUCAGCCCAGUUUCGAUCACACCAGCUCCGGGGUUAACUCGGUCAACUACGUCUUUGACUUUACUCAGCUAGAAGUUGACUGAGCAGAUGCACCAUACUUAGGUAUGUGCUUGAAGGCAUACAAUUUGUGGCACUGAGGAGAUGUAGGUACCAUUCGUUGUUUUUUUAUGAAAUUCCAUAGUGAACAGAGCCAACAACCAGCGCAUUUCUAGGGGUAGUACAGAUGACUAUAUAAGCCAAUACAUAAUGUGUGUAACCCAUCUCUUCUCUUGGUGUUCAUAAUGAGAAACUAACCAACGACUCAUUGAAAGAUCGGACUGUCGCAAAGAUGACUACUUAAUAUAAUUCCUGGGUCCCAGCAUGUUAAUUAAAUCUAGGUUAACUCGUACUGUGGGACAUUCUUUGUUGUCAUUCUUGCAACUGUUUCCAUACAUACAGUUCCUGCAGCUGAGGGUUCGGCAGAGUCCUGUCUGGCCAGAUAAAGAACCAUUGUAGCAAAUGUAAACCUUGUCACUGACCAUUAGUUUUAGUAGGCCAUUAGUGCUGCCACUUACUGCAUUGUGCAUUACGCUCUGGUUUAUAGCGAUGCAGUCACCCCUCUUCCACAGUGGCCAUGUGGGUCAGUGAAGCUGUCACUCACUCUUGGACAACUGUAACAUCUCCUGGUUACUUUGUCUUGGAGGUAUUUCAGCAUGCAAGGAAAAAAUGUCAACCACCUAAAAGCAGCUCCAAGCUGCAAAGGAACCCCAUAGGGCUUCUUACAGAAAAAAAUAAUUGUUGCAGUCGAUGAAAAUAUUGUUUUGGUUUGUAUAUCUAACGUGGCACCACUAUUUAUACUGAAGAGUCGGUUCCUCUAACAACAUCCCUGAACAGGACGCUAGCACAUGAUAAGGUGACAGUGAAAUGACAACUAGAAGGGGUGCCGCAAAAUUAAGUGAGCAGAUAACCUCUGUACAUUUUAUGUGCUUAGUAGAUUCGUUAGCAGCCAGCAUUUUAUCUUUCACACCACAGAGGUGCUCUGCACUGGUGUAGUGUCAAUGCCUGUAGCGUGCAGAAGCUAGAGGAGCGUGCAUUUGUGCACAUGAUUCUGAUUUUGAAGGGCGAUAGUAUGAACUUUGUGAAUGACCCUUGUAAGACUGUUCCAGUUGCUGUUAGUCUGUCCAUGGUACAUUACUAUUACCUGAUACAAGCACUAGGUGCUCAAACAGCAUUGCCAGUGUAUUUCUUGGCAGUACAUUUCUUGUAACAACAUCGUUUCAUAAUAAUUCCUAUGAGUAGCAUGAAUUGAUAGAUAUUUUAGGGGACAGGAUCUGCACUGGGGUCGCACAAAUGACAAUAUCUCGAGAGAUGAAGUUUUCUGCUUUCUCAGUCUUUCAUGUGUUUUGAGAGAGUGCCAGUCCAUUUAGCCACGGCGCUUCCUCCUAGCUCCUGUGUUGCUGUUGCCUCGGCACUUGUACUGCAGGUCAAAGUACUCCUUUGAGUUUGUUAGCGACCAGUUCUUCGUGGUUAGCAGACGUGUAGAAUGGGCCUCAGUGCUCUGAUCCACAAGCACGGGCCUGCAAUUACUGCAGCAUCUACGUCAAAGCACAGGUUCGUUAUCUUGGCACAAACUGCACAACUGUCGUGUAUCAUUUAGAAGUAUGGCACUAAGGGCAACCACUUAAGUAUAGCUAGAAUGAUGGAUUUUGGUCCAGAAAAUCUGUCUGCCUUUGCUCUUUACCCAGAGAAAAUACUCCAAGAAAACAGCGACUGAAUUGGCAUGCUUGUUCAAGAGAUAAGAUUGCCUGAGAAAAUAGGCAGAGGUGCACAAUCUGCUGCGGCGGUCUUGGAGGACGUGCUUUUUAGGUGCUGCCAACCUUAGUAACUGAGAGGGCUGCACAGAGAGGGCGCCACACUACCUCCAAUAUUGCUGACACAGCGAAGAGAAAGGUAGCAAUAAUGAGUUAAUGCUAUGGGAAAAGCCAAUAAAAUUGCCAAACUGCAUUUUCUUUCAUGUUGAAAUACAGUGUAACUAUUGUGGCGAUUGGUGAUCUUAUUGUCAGUGAUUGAGUACUAUACCUACCGUAGAGUUUCAUACUAAGAAUACUAGAGAGAAAUGUGGUGCUAGUGCCAAUGUGCACUGCGAGGACAGCAGUACCUGUCUGAACUUUUUUGUCUUGGCUUCGAACAACCUUGAGGAAUUUCACAUUAACCUUCUUGAAGCUAAUUUUUCAUCCUGAGAAUGUGGUAUGAGAAUAAUAAUUAGUCUUGGUUAACCUUUAAUUCCUACCAUAUGAUUAUUUUCAGAACAUUACAAACAAAAAUAAUUGUACUGAAUAUUAAAAAAUAAUUGCACAUGGUAAGUGUUACUAACUGAUGAGCAUAUGAAUUUAUUGAUAUGGAUAUUGAAAAUAGCAUGAUGCAUGUAUAGUGCAGAGUUCCUAUAUUACAGGAUGAAAUGUAUUGGGUCUGAACUCGGGAAAUUUAAUUGCUCAGAAGAAACAUUCUGAGGAUAGCAGGCAACACAAUUGCACCACAAAGAAGAAUAAAAGAAGCUGCAAGAUGUGCCCUCUCAUCAACAAAUCCAUGCGAAGAAAUAGAGAAAUCCGAGUGCUACCCGCACUUCCUGUUCUGAAGGACUACAGCACCAGUUUCCUCUCUAAUAAUCCUAGUAAUGAAAAUUUUCACUAUUUGCGGAAUAUUAUGCAGACAUAAGACAUCCUCAAGUUCUGUAUUUUCACUACAGGUGGUGCCAGUAUACUUCCACAUUUACGUAAUUUUCUCCUACAAAAGAUUUCUCAGUAAAAGUCAUAUUUUGGAAAAUUUUCAGCCCUACUCUAUCACUUCUGCUCGACUUCAUGUUUGCCUUUCGUGUCCAUUUAAAAGAAGGGACAGUUAGUGCAUUGCACCAUUUUCAUUUUCCUAGUCCUUCGGCGUAAUUGCUGCUGCACCUUACACAUUUGUAGUGCACCUUGCUCAAGUUUCUGUAACAGCAUCAGCUGGACCUCAGUAUAAUCAAGGAUGUCGGAGAUGAUAGUCUUCUCUCGAAAGAGGCAUGAUAAACAUUUCUUGCAUGCAGACCACUUAUUCUGAGCCAUUUUCUCUAGAAGUACUUUUUCUUUUGCAAACAAUAUUUUAUAGACUCGGUUGAAAUAUUGCCUCUUAACCGUAUAUUCCACUGCCUUUUGCGCAGGCGCUGUCUUUUUAUGUGAGGACGUUAGAGCAGGUGCUACAUGGGUACUGAAUAUGUUUUAAUUAUUUCAUUCUUAAAUAUUGCAUUAGAUGUCAAAAACAUUGUCUUUAUGAAAGCAUGCUUCUGUAACCAUUCGAGCAUAUGCGGGAGGAUUUUUGAGGACUUCCUUUUCUGUUGGGUAGACUAUUUGUUUACGUUUACAGUAAAUUUCCUUACUUUUGCUCAGUCGGCUUAAUGCAUUUUGUUACAUUUUCGACUAGCUACCGCUCAAGGAAAGGUAUUUUUUUCUGUUUUAUUACUAUUCUUUAUCAUGCCAUCUCAAACAAAGCCAAUUGAUCUCUAUAGAACUCGAGUGUAAGAAAAGUACAGAGUAUGAAUUAUAGUAUUUCAUAAACUCUAUUACAGUUACCAUGUUGCUGUUUAACCCACUAUCACAGUUCACCCGUUGGUACACUCACAUCUCAAGUGUAGCCUGAGAUCUCAACGUUAAAAAAUCAUUCAGUGGCAUGAACUACACCAGCUGUAAUAGCACUGUGUUGUUGGCGUGCUUCUUUUUCUGGCAGUUCCUUUACGUCCCUGUUUGACAGGCUAAUUCAGUGUCACCCUGAGAAAGUGUCAAUCCGCAUUAGUGUCACUCUGAGGCUGUCUCACGAGAAGUCAUUAAAACACUACAGCUGCAGAGAGUGCACUCAUUGACUUUGCUUGUCCAGAUUCUUCAAAAUGCACAACCUUGACAACAACCAUUCUCAGAGUAAAAAAAACAACAACAACAAAAGACGAAGAUUUGGUAUCUUUUCCCUGUUGUCAUUCCUACUGUGGUUGUUCCAAUCCGCCUUUUUCACGGCGCUACGGCGCAUGCGCCCUGCCCUGGCGGUUUAGUCGCAAAACGUUUUGGAAGGGUCGCGCGCGCGGCCGUGCGGCCCCGUCUCGGGGGAACGUCCCCCGAAAAAAAAAAAAAUGCGCUCGCACACGCGCUACUGCUAGUGCAAACUCGUGCUGUGUACCUCGUUGAAACUUCACUGGUAGCUCGACGUCGGUGCGGUACCGAAAACGUGCGUUGCGUAAGACUGCAACUCCACUUUUAAGAGGAAGCGGUGAGGGCUUCGUCUAGACUGCACAGGGAACCACAUAGUUGCCGCCUUGCAUUGAUGGCUGUAAUAGCAAAUUUAUCGAUAAACCCCUGCGUUACACUUAGACGACACUUAAAUACACGUUGCUGACGAAGACUUCUUGCAGCGUCGGUCCUCGCUUGCUGGUAGUGGCAGCGUGUGCCCGACUUCACGUACUCGUUCAAGGCGCGGUAACACCGGGUCGAUACGAGGACCGACAAGACGCGCACGCCUACGAUUGGCCGACCAUUCAGCACUGUGUCUCUGAGACCAUUUUAUCAUACCAGGCCUACAAGAUGUAACCGACGAGCACGAGUUGUCGUACCGGGACGGGCUUUCUUGUUGACGGCACCAAUAAAAUCAGCGUUCCGACCAUCAUUCGAUCGAACCCCGUGCGAUCGGCCGUCGAACCGAUAACGCAAUAGCCGCAACGGCCUCGUUAAUAUAUAUAAAUAAUCGCGCUCAAAGUGAGUCAAGACAUGCCUAUGAAGUUGAAAUGCACAAGAUUCGACCCUCUCAAUCCGUGCACAUAAGUUUGAGCCAAUGUUGACCUGUUCAGCGAAGGUUAGGCCUGGCACCGUCGAGUUUGCGCACCCGCUACCGGCGGACCGGUACUGAAAAGUAGGCAAGUUAUAAUGAAGGAAACUGAUUUUAUAGUCCAAUUCUAACCUUAGCGAUUUGAAAUAAACUACCCUUCGCUUCGAUCGCCGUGUACACAAUAAGCUGCAAGCGGGGACACAGCGCUGUACCCAACGCCUGUGCCAACAUCUGUACGUCACCAUUCCCGUAGGCUGCCCAUCAUAUUCGCAACAUAGAUGGGUGGGUUUUUACGUGUCGGCAUGCGGACACAUUUCUUAAUUGCUGAGAUGUACUCUUUAUCUCUGCGUCAAACCCGAGACAAGAGAUAGUACAUUCGGUACAGCAGCAUAAACAGCCGCUUCGCUCAGUUAUAUACCAACGGUGUCAGCGAUGGCAUCCGCGUUUUUGCAGGAGAACAACACGGCCUUUAAAUGAGCGCUUAUGCGAGCACAGUUUGCUUUAAUAAUGCUUUAUGACACGCGCAAACUAACUAUUGCGAAGUUAAAGAAAAGCGAGAAUCAGUAAUAAAUUAACAGCCCAAUAUUUGUAACUGGAUCACAGCCGCCAUUGUUUAAGUGGCUCAGCCGCUCAUACUGACUCGUCUCACAAUGGAACAACGCGGCUCAUAUGAGCAGAUAUGUGUGUUUUAUUCUACGUUUUGGCAUUCUUCCAUAUCAGUGCCUUUUGAUAUAUGCACCUUUCCCCCAUUUUUUGAUGCUAACAACGAUCUGUGGCUGUAGAUGCCGAUGUAAACAAGUGCAUCGCUUUGCUAAAUCCGACGCAGAAGGCUGCGCACUCGAAAACAUCUUAUUUAUGCGAAAUGUCUAAAGAAUGUGUAAAAAGAAUUACAAAAAAAGCGAGGUGCAAGUGCAGGAGUUAGGGCCAACAAACUCCAAAGCAGCCGUGACGGCAGAGGGAACUCGGCGUGCCUUUAUCGGCCGCACUGUAAACAAAACAGCACACUCAGGCCUGCUCACCCUAUGUGUAUAUAGCUGGUGAGUGCUACAUGGCUUCCAGGAAUGACAUGGUGCCCCCUAGACGCCAUUAAUAAUUAUUCGCAAUCCACGAAACGCACAAUCGAUGCGCACUUAACACGGGCGCAGGUUCGCAAAUCAAUCGGCGAAAGCCCCAGCACCCUACCAAAACGUUUCCAGCGGCGCGCGGCAGAGGGCAGCACAGGAAAAUGAAAAAGGCGGAUUGGUAAAACGAGCAGGCUUGCAGUUUCAGUGCUCAAUUUUGAUGGCCACUGCAAUCAUAUGUGCUUGCCCUGCACGUAUUUCAGUGAAUUAGAAAAUUGCCCAGGUGUUUGAUGUGUUGUUGUCCAAUUAGCGUCUGUGAAUGCCCUUUGACACAUUUGUUACAUAAUCAAAAACAACAUUAAUGACCCCUUUCAAAUGUUUUACAAGUGUUUCAAGCAACCAAUCGUCACUGCCCUCAAUCCCGAAUGCCAUUCUGUUUUACUGUCUAACACCAAGCUGCCAAACUGGUACUCAGUGAAACUGCACUUAAUCAAAGUGACACUGAAUUUACCCAUCUGUCUCAGGUGUAUCAGACAUAUGUCCUCGUGCUUGUACAUAUUGUGCGCACAGGAGCUCAAACUUUAUUGCAAUUGCUUGUCGCAGUGUGAUCAGCCAUCUUGGAUACCAUGAGUAGUGUGCUACAUCUUUAAAUGUGUUGUCACUCCUUGGGUGGCCUUUAAUAGUGUUUCCACUAAAGAUGUUUAGGUGAAACUUGUUGAAAACAUUCCGUACCUGCAAGAGAACAGAAGUUAUACGAUACACUUUGAUGCAUGAUGCAGUAUGUGGAAAUGCUGUUCCCUAUGGUCCCUGCAAGCUUCAGUCAUUUUGCUUGAAAGUGGAGCUUAGAGUGCGAAGCAUCUACAGUUGAAUCGUUAUUCUUCAAAUUUAAAUAAUGUGGCAUUUUGUUUCAACGAAGCAUAUCCUAUAAUAAUGGUUCGCUCAUUUUUCAACACAUUUUAGAGCCACCAAAUUUUAACUGGAUUUUCAUCUUUAUAGGGCAGAGCAGCUCUGGCAAAAAAAGGUGAUAAAAAUAAACAUGGUUCAUGAUUAAUAAAAAUGUGCGUACGUUUGAUAUUCAGACUACUGUGUGUGCUAGGUGCUGCUACAAGGUGGCACCACUGACCUGGUUGCUGCAAACACGCUUGAGUUAUACAUUGUUCGUAUACUUUUAAUGCUUCCAUAUCUAUUACCAUGUGAUUGGAUGUGUAUAUAGUCUAUGUAAUAACUCAUAAUUAUGCUUUGGACCACUUUUUAUUCGUACACAGAAUUUCUGUGACACUUUGGAGUUUGAAAUAAUGUGGGUCAGCUGUGUUUGACAGCACUUAAAUUAAGCGGAUGCUCCAUUUUUUUGUACUCAUUUUUUGUUGUGAAGCGUAAUACAGAAAGAAAGCCGUAACAAAGCUGAAGCAGUUGAUAAAACUGUAAUAGCUCCAAAUGAAUUGAACAAAAAUUAAACAUCCUUUUUUUGUUGUGUUGAAGAAAUAUAAAGUCAAAGAGUGCCACAGUACCAUGCUAAAAUAAAUAUCUGUACAUUCAUAUAAACAAAAAAUAUGUAUAUUCUAGAGGUGAUUAAGCAAUGUUUUUCGUACAAGAGGGGUGCUAUUGUGUGAACAUAAACUGCUUCUCAUUUGAUUAAGUAAAGGAUGUAUUACACUGACAAUUUGCUAAUGAGGCAAGCUCAGACGUGGAUUUGAUAAUUUCGAUCCAUGCUGUAGACGCUUUCUCUCAAUGUCUUAAUGACCACGUGGUGAGUGGUUGCCGUGUGCGUCCUGGUCUGUGUUUUCCCUUUUGUUGAAAUGUGGGUGCUUUGUGCUCCCAACUUUGUCUGCAAACUCAUUUGUAAGAUGGUAGGCUACCACAGUACUGUGCUUUGUUUGUCAAUUGCCACUGUCAAAUUUGGAUUGUCACAGGAAAGUCAUUGUCGCCACAAGGUUUUCUUAGUUUAGCCACCACAUGACAUCCAACGCUUUUAUGUGCACAGAAAGAGCUCUGCACAUGACGCGAUUAGUGGGCGCGUGGCUACUUUGGCAAGGAAGAGAUGCUGGUCUCUGGGUCUGCCAAGAAUAUGGCAGGUACAGCUGGCUAGCCACUGUGGCGUAAUCACCCGACAGUGCAGCCUCUGAAGUUUACUUUCAAACCGUGUACCUCCUUUCCUUGAGGAGCUAAGGGUUGGCGCCACAUCCCUGUGUUGGUCAAUUCUGCUGCACAAUUGUUUCUUUUUUACUUUUCCUAAGCCUUUGGUCAGUCGAACAUGUGUGUUUUCUGUAUAAUGUAACACUCGCUGAUAUGCAUGCUGCCCAUGUAGGCAUGGAAUCAAGCUUUCACGUAAAAGCAAAGCUGUCGACUUUUAUGGACGUUCCUCUUUCGGUAGUGUUUGAAUCGGUUAAAAAGAAGACUGGUGGGCUAGUUAGUUCGCUGAGCUGACCUGCAUUCUGUACCACAAGGUCUACUCACCGCUUGAAUGGACUUUAAGGAGAGAUAACUUGAGUGCAACUGGCAGAUUACACUUUUUGGAGUGCGAUAAAGCAAGUCUUACUGCGAGCGCAGGCAUUGUAUGCCAGGAAGGGCACAAACACGAAAGGUAUGCGACACCUUUACGGCGAAAUUUCUACACAUCUAAACAUGAUAUCAUGAAUUUGGACAUCAUCUGCUUGGUGCUGUUACAUGCUUGUAAAAAGAAAAGUAUUGAUUUCAUUCAAAAUUGUGAAAUAACACAACAAGACAACUUACAAAAAAAUCUGCACAAAUAGAUGAAUGUGGUAUAUACUGUGAUUCGCAAAGCUACACAUAAGUCAUGCAAGCUGGAGUCUAGGCAUAAAAUAAAAAAUAAUAGAAGACACUUAUUCUUAUCCUGUCAACUAAUAUGCGAUGAACAUUUUUUAGCCAAAGAAAUGUAAUUGGAAAUUUGAAGUAAUACUUUGCCAGACAAAACUGAUUUAGUGUCUUCAGAGUCUAUGGGUGUGAAAUUUUGUGUCGUUACACGUCGGUGAAGUUGUAUUCCAAAUGACUUCGCUACUUUCUGUUCACCUCAACCACUAGAAACUUGAGAAUUCUGGGGUACAUUGACCAACGUGCCGAAAGACGAAGACAGAAAAGCACAUGCCAACAUCAAUCUUUUCUCAUUUUUUGCCUUCUGGCAUACCAACUUCUGACGCUGAGAAAAUAGAGUUUAAGAUUUAUAUUGACUGCAUCUCCACAGAGUUCGCUGUAUUCUAUGUGCAGGUUACGGCAUGCGCUUUGGUUGUAUGAAAAAUGUCUGUAAGCAGUUACAAUUGUAAGCAGAGAUGUUGGCAUGUUCAUGUCUGGGAAUUAGUGUGAAGCUCAGGACAAUAUGUGCUUUGUGAAAUUAUUGCCGUGCGCAUUUGCACAUUUCGGAAACCAAUUACUCACUGUUAAAAGUUCAGCUUCCGGGGCAUCAAUGGAACUUGCUAAGUUCAUCAUGAGGGCACGAUGUGGGAAUGGAUGAAAUCGAUGGUUCGACGAUAAUUUGUCUGUUCAUGAGGAGGCAUAAUAAAAGGAAACAGUGAAACGCCGACCAAAAAUGAAAGGGUUUAAAAAGCUUUAAGGUUUAAAGGUUUUUAAACCUUUUCAUUGUUGGUCAGAGUUUCACUGUUUCCUUUCAUUGUGGGAAUUGCAGUCUCAGCGAUUUUUUUUACACACUUUUUUUCCGUUUUUUGUGACCUGGCUUUGCACAGUAUAGUGUCGCAACUAUCACGACCUCGAGUGUAUUUGCUUUCGUCAUUAUAAACGUUCAUUUCACACCCACUGGCCAACUGGAUGCUCUCCUCUUUACCACUUGGCCUAAUUCGAAUCGAUGCUUCGUUUGCUCAGCACCAGGCGGUAACUUUUUAUCAUUCAGCCACUGUUUGUGAUAGCAAAACGCCUGACAAAAGUGUGGCUAAGCAAUGCCAACUGAAUAGCGAAAUCGCUUGGGAGCUUGACUGACAGUGUCCAGUUGUAUAUGUUGGAGUCUUAUUACUUGUUUGCAGAGGUAAGGAGUGAUGGCGGUGAAAGGCUUGUGUCAAAUAGUGGCACCUUAUCAGGCAUGGCAUGAUGUCCUGCGGUGGCCAACCAGCACGAGCACCUCAUCUGCACCAAGGGCCGUACUUUGUAGUGAUCCAUUCGAUAUUCCAUUCUAAUCAGCUGUCAAUCUGUUGGCUGAUAACAGUGUGUUGGUUACAUCUGAGCCAUUGACGAAGCGGGAAACGAAUAAAAAUUGAAAUGAAACGUUGCAAAAUACGACCCGUGGCAUUGUGCUCUCACUCCGUCGCGUUGAGUAGCUGACCCAGUGGUAACGUGACGUUCAAGAUGCAAACGGAGGACGAACAGAGAAAAAAGAAAAGAUGAAUAGUUUAAUAUAUGGCUCCAACUUCGCUUGUGCCACUACAAGGGCAAAUAUGUGUUUUGAUGUUCUUGACGACCCACAUGACACUGCUAAUUCAACUCUAGCCCUGAUAUGCACAUGCCAUUCGUGACCUGGAAAUACUGGGUGCACAGCAUUGAAGAAAGGAAAGACAUGCACGAUAGAUGUUGAUUAUUGUUUGGGGACAAGAUAAGUACCAAAGGGUGCAAACUUUUCAUAUAGUACCGUUUUUUGGGGCUAAGGGAGCAGAGUAAGGUUUUAACUUAUUUAUAUCCCUUCGAUAAUUUCUGCAGAUCCUUCAAUGUCCGAAGAAUCACCAGGCUUGUUUAUGGCGUCAUUGAUAUGCUGAAAACUAUCACUCUUGCGUUAUAAUUUUACAAAUUCCGCAUGACGGCACAGCUGUGCUUGCACUAGUGUGUUCCUUGCCGCUUGGACGGCUCGAUAAAACCAGUUUUGUAGUGCAUUGGUGCACCAGGAAUGUACAGUGCCGGACCCUCAUAGAUGUGGCCAUGAUUUAAUGUUUACUGGUGCAAAAACGUUCCAUGUUCACUUCAAAGUAUUUGUUCUGUACAGCUGUCGUUGCCAGUUUGCGUUCGUCCAGAUAUAUAUAUAUAUAUAAUGCCAACAGCAUGGAUGCGCCAAUACUGCCUCUAUCUUCUUUGUUAAGCAUAGCAAUAAAGUAUGCUUGUUUGUCUA